AUGAAGUUGGCUUUUGCGCUUCUGUUGACCGUGGCGCCGGCCGUGUGGGCCGCCUACUGGAUGGAAGACAUCGGCCGCCAGGGCAUCACGCCGUUUGCCUCGGCACAAGACUACAAAAUCUUCCGGAACGUGAAGACUCUGGGGGCUAAGGGAGACGGAGUGACCGACGACACGGCGAUCAUCAAUCGCGCAAUCAGCGAUGGCAACCGCUGCGGCGGCCCUGGCUGCGUCGGCUCAACCACCACACCGGCCACUGUUUACUUCCCGCCCGGAGUUUACCUCAUCACUGCCCCAAUCACCAGCUUCUACUACACCCAGAUCAUUGGUGACCCUACCAACAUGCCCGUCAUCAAGGCUGCCUCGAACUUUCCGACCGAGGCAAUUGCCAUGCUUGAUGCCGACCCUUACAUGGACAGUGGCAAGCUCAACUUCCAGGCAACAAACGUGUUUUUCCGCCAGGUCCGCAACCUGAUAUUUGACACGAGAGAUGUUCGUGGGACAAUGACGGGCAUUCACUGGCCAUCCUCCCAGGCAACCAUGAUCCAGAACUGUGUCUUUGAACUCUCUUCUGAAGAAAACGACAAUCACGUCGGCAUCUUUAUGGAAGAGGGUAGCGGUGGCAUGAUGACCGACCUGGUUUUCCGCGGCGGCAAAUACGGUGCUCGGUUCGGGAACCAGCAGUACACGAUGCGCAACCUCAGCUUUUACGGCUCGGAUACAGCUAUCGACCAGAUAUGGAACUGGGGAUGGACGUACAAGUCGCUUAAGAUUGUCAAUUCCCGCGUUGGCAUCAACAUGUCUUCUUCUGAUGUCGGCUCGGUCACCCUCUUCGACAGCUCGUUCGUCAACGUCAACACGGCGUUGAUCACUGGUCGGACUCCCGGAAACACAACAGGCCUCGGCUCAUUAGUGAUCCAGAAUGUCGCGUAUGAAAAUGUCCCGACUGUUUUGGCAGGGGCAGACGGGGAUCCUCUGCUCUUGGGUGACCCAAAUGGGACCGUCUACGACUGGGGCUACGCGAGGGGAAAUUCAUAUGCUCCACACGGGCCCUCCCUGCUCGAGGGGCGGGAGUUUACCUUUUCUCAACCUUCGACUCUGAAGCUCGGAGACCGCUACUACGAGAGAUCGAAGCCGCACUAUGAGAACUACCCCGCUGCCCACUUUGUCAAAGCACGAGACCAUCAUGCCGUUGGCGACGGGCACGUCGAUGACACGGAAAUGGUCCAGGCAACUAUCCAGGCUGCGGUGAAUUCUUCAUACAUCGCCUUCUUGGAUGCCGGAUACUACAAGGUCACCGACACCAUCUUCAUCCCACCAAAUACCCGUGUUAUGGGCGAAGGCCUCGCUACCGUCAUCAUGGGAUCCGGUGAGAAGUUCUCAGACCCGAAUAAUCCCCGUCCCGUAAUUCGGGUCGGAAACCCCGGUGAUGUCGGGUUUGUCGAGAUGAGCGACCUCAUCGUAUCGACCCAAGGGCCCACUGCAGGGGCCGUCAUGAUCGAAUACAAUCUCAACACGCCGGCUGCAGAGAACACGUGCAGCCCGGGAAGCCCGCCCUCGGGGAUGUGGGAUGUCCACAUCCGUGUUGGUGGCUUCACCGGAUCGCAGCUUCAAGUGGCCGACUGUCCCACCACGCCAGACGAGGCCAACUACGUCAACCCGUCGUGCAUUGCUGGCUACAUGGGGAUGCACAUCACUCCUAGCGCUAGGAAUCUAUACAUGGAGAACAACUGGAUUUGGGUGGCAGACCACGACAUCGACGACUGGAACUCGACCCAGAUAAGCGUUUUCGUGCCUCGCGGAAUGCUGAUCGAAGGGGACCGCAUUUGGGCGGUCGGAAGCUCUGUUGAGCAUUUCGCCAUGUACCAAUACCAGCUGUUGAACGCCUCAGACGUCUGGAUGGGCCAGAUUCAAACCGAGACACCGUACUAUCAGCCCAACCCACCGGCUCCAUACCCUUUUACCCAGUUGAAUGCCGACAUUCGCGACCCCGACUUUACCGCCGACUGCCAAAGCAACGAGGCCAAUGGCUCUCUGGGCUUGGAAGGAAACCCGCCCUGUGCAAUGGCAUGGGGUCUGCGCAUCAUCGGCUCGAGGAACGUGGUUGUUUUCGGCGCGGGCUUGUACAGCUUUUUCAACAAUUACAACACGAGUUGCAGCACCGUUGAGGCGGGUGAGAACUGCCAGGCGCGCAUCUUCUCGGUCGGGCCAGACACGGUGGGAGGUGGGAGUGAUACCGAUGAAGCGGACCUGUUGACGGUGGAGCUGUAUAACCUGAACACUGUCGGCAGUGUGAGCAUGAUUACUCGGCAAGGGUUGGAUAUGGCGACGUGGGAUCAGAAUAGGGCAACAUUUGCGAGCACUCUGGCCGUUUUCCGGUCGGAGGGUCAAGUGUGA